UGAACAUAUUUUUACUUUGUAGUUCCUAGUGAUAACAGAGUAUGAUAAUGUUGGGGACUUGCAAGCUGGCCGGUUUUUUUGUUCUUUUUCUUCAAGUUUUAGUUCUAGUUCGUGCCCAGGAUCAAUCAGGCUUCAUUAGCAUAGACUGCGGCCUACCUGGAAAUUCAAGCUAUAAGGAGGUGGAAACAGGCUUAGUCUAUGUCUCAGAUGCCAACUUCAUAAACACUGGUGAAAGUAAAUCCAUAUCCUCAGAAAACAAAAACAAGUACAAACAGCACUACUCUUUUGUAAGAACCUUCCCUACGGGAAUUAGGAACUGUUACAGAAUAAGUAACAUUGCAAAUGGUACGAAGUAUUUGAUCCGGGCAUCUUUUGUGUAUGAAAAUUAUGAUGGCCUUGAUACGUACCCGGAAUUUGAUCUACAUAUUGGAGCUAAUUUCUGGGAUACAGUAAAUUGGAAAAAUGACUAUAUUGACCAACAAAAGGAGAUCAUACAUGUUCCAACCCAGAACCACAUACAUAUUUGUCUGGUCAACAAAAACUUGGGGAAUCCAUUUGUAUCAUCAAUAGAGCUAAGGCCUUUAAGUCCUUCAUAUUACAAAACUCAAAGACCUGUGUCCUUGUCACUCAUCGAACGUUUGGACAUUGGUCCAAGUAAAGGAUCAUCUAGAUAUCCUGAAGAUGUUCAUGACCGCUUAUCGGUUGCGUACUGCGAUGAGGAUUGGACAAAUAUUAGUACCUCAUCCACAAUCGAGUUUGAUCGUGCGACAUACAGACUGCCAUCGGUUGUCAUGACUACUGCUGCAACACCCAAAAGUGCAGACGGUUCCUUGGAAUAUCGGCUGCCAACUGAUAGUACUAGUACUACUAGUGCACUAUAUUAUGUGUACAUGGACUUUGCUGAAGUGGAAGAGCUACAAGCCAACCAGUCUAGAGAGUUCUCAAUUUUUUAUGAUGGAGUGCUUUACUAUGAGGCUGAAUCUCCUAUUCAUUUAAAGGCAUCACUCAUACAUACUAUCAGAGGAAUAGUUGGAGGACGAAGUUUUGUAAUCUCUAAGACUGCCAACUCAACCCUUCCUCCUCUUCUUAAUGCCAUUGAGGUUUAUGUGGUCAGAGAAUUCUCGCAGUCAGAAACUCAAGAAGGAGAUGAUGAUGCCAUUACAAAAAUUAAGUCAACCUAUGGUAUGCAGAGGAACUGGCAGGGAGAUCCAUGUACCCGUGAUUACUUGUGGGAAGGUCUAAACUGUAGCUAUGAUGGGUAUGAUCCCCCCAGGAUCAUAUCAGUGAAUUUGUCCUCGAGUGGGUUAACAGGGGAGAUACCUUUGGCCAUAUCCAAUCUCACAAUGUUAGAAGUUUUGGAUCUAUCAUUCAACAAUUUUACAGGACCAGUGCCUGAGUUUCUGUCUCAAUUGCCAAAAUUAAGGGUCUUAAACUUGGAGAGAAACAAUCUGAAUGGUUCACUUCCUGAUCAACUCAUAAAGAAAUCGGAAGAUGGAUCCCUAAAUUUAAGUGUGGACCAAAAUCCAAAUCUAUGUACAUCAGUUUCAUGCAACAACAAGAAGAAGAAAAAUGUUGUUGUUCCAGUAGUAGCAUCUGUUGUUGGAAUUUCUGUCCUCUUGCUACUUGUGACAACAACCUGUUGGUUCCUUAAAAAGAAAAGACAGCACGGUGCUGCAGAGGUAGAAAAUAAAAAUUCCAUCACUCAACAUGGGUCAUUUGAGUCAACGAACCGACAAUUCACAGGGUCUGAGAUACAAAAAAUUACCAACAAUUUUCAUAGGGUCCUUGGUGGUGGUGGAUUCGGAACAGUUUACCAUGGAUACAUAGAUGGUAACCAAGUAGCUGUGAAAAUAUUGUCCCCAUCAUCAGUUCAAGGAUAUCAACAAUUUCAUGCAGAGGUCAAUCUUCUCAUGAGAGUUCAUCAUAGAAACUUGACAAACCUUGUUGGAUAUUGUAAUGAUGGAACUAACUUAGGGCUCAUCUAUGAGUAUAUGGCCAAUGGGAAUUUACAAAAGCAUAUUUCAGUUGGAAGUUCAAGGAUCUUGAAAUGGGAAGACAGACUCAGAAUAGCCAUUGAGGCAGGACAAGGAUUGGAGUAUUUGCAUGAUGGUUGUAAACCUCCUAUAGUCCACAGGGAUGUGAAAUGUACAAAUAUUUUAUUAAAUGAAAAUUUCCAAGCCAAACUAUCUGAUUUUGGUCUAUCUAAAAUGUUCCCUACCGAUAAUAAGACUCAUAUAUCAACAGUUGUUGCUGGCAUUCUCGGGUACCUGGACCCUGAGUACUACAUAACAAAUUGGUUAAAUGAGAAGAGUGAUGUUUAUAGUUUUGGAGUAGUGCUUUUGGAGAUAAUCUCAAGCCGACCUGCAAUAGCCAAAAACUCCGACAAGACUCAUAUAAGUAGAUGGGCGAGUUCCAUGCUUGCCAAAGGAGACAUAACAAGCAUUGUGGAUAAGAGGCUACGAGGAAACUUUGAGACGAACUCUGUGUGGAGAGCUGUUGAGAUAGCAAUGGCCUGUGUAUCCCAAACUUCAACGAAAAGGCCAAUGAUGAAUCAGGUAGUGGCAGGACUAAAGGAGUGCUUGGCAGCAGAAAAGCCUCGUGGAUUGAAGGGCCACGAGACUAAUGAUUCAAUUGAACUGAUGUCCUUGAAUACGAUGUCUGAGCUGAGGCCCCUGGCUAGGUAGUACUCCACAGUAUCAUAUUUGGCGUGCCAUGUUCAAAUCUUCUCUGUUUUAAUGUUGAUCAAGUAAUGUUUUAAUGUAC